AUGGUCAACCUCCAGGCAUCAGUACCUAUUCGCUCAGGUAUCAAUGAACAAAACGCCCCCAGGACCGUCCAUGAGCCCUCCGUACUUCCCGUCGUUAUCCCUCCUAAUACCAUUAGACCACUUGCUUUCCGGACACUUUCAAAGAAACACAAUCUAGCCUUCACCUCGACUACACUACAGGCCCUUGCAACCUUCAUCGGAAAGUCCUGCGGCUCAAGAUGGCGCCAGGAAGGGCUCGCAGACCUGGUUCUGGAUGAAGUAGCCAAGUUAUGGAAGCAGUCAGGGGGUGGGUCGAUAGUGGAAGAUUGCGCAAAGCUGUCGUUGAAGACCAUUUUGGCUGAAUUGGAAACGUACAUGGUCGGAGGGCGGGUCCAACACGAUAAAAAGGCCGCAAGAAAAUCUACGGACGCACCCAUACCCCAAAAGAAGCGAGAGCACAGUGUCAUUGAUUCCCACGCUCAGGAAGCUGAUAACUCCGUUUCAGAAACCCGAGAGGCUGGGCCUGAUGCCCCAGAGCCUGCUGAGCCUCCAGAGGAUGCCUCUAAUGACCGCGCAAGGAAACGGGUCAAAGUGGUCAACGCAUUUGAACAACAACGCCUAACAUAUAACCCCAACAAGAAACACUUUGAACCGCCAUAUGAAUCUGCAUCCCUGCUUCCUCCUGCCCGCAAUAGAGUCAGUCUGUUCAGGGAUCGCUAUUAUCGGGUUCACCAGCGAUUACUACGGAACGAAACGUUUCAAACUUCAACAUUACCCACAUCCUUCAGUGAAUCCAAUGCAGCUACCUCCUCGAAUCAACCAUAUAAGAUCACAUCAAUUACAAGCUUACAGGGUAGGGGACACACAAACCACUUACUCCUUGGUUUACUCACCAUUUCACCAAGUGGAGGGUAUAAUCUUUCUGAUCCUUCAGGGACCGUGGCCAUAGACAUGGAACAUGCCAAAGGGAUUCCGGCAAACGGUGCCUGGUUUGUACCGGGAAUGAUCCUUCUUGUCGAUGGCGUCUAUGAGGACGAAGACGAAGAUACUGUGGCCCGCGGUGCAGGAGCAAUUGGCGGCAAGUUCAUUGCAGUAUCGGUUGGGGGGCCACCGUGCGAAAGAAGGGAGGUUUCUUUGGGUGUUGACAACCAAAGCCGUGGCUGGAAUACCUUGCCACCAACGGACUCUUCUGCUGACCCAAUGAGUGCUGUCGGGGACUCAAAUCAGCCUGAGUUUAUGCAUCCUGGUUCCAUAUCCCGCCAGUCAUCAGAAGCACAGCGAGUUGUUAUCAUGGGGGAAGUGAAUUUGGACAAUCCAAAGACGCUUCAGGCCCUUUCAUUGGUUCUCGGCCAGUAUGAUGCAGCCUCAGACGACGCACUACCCCCAGCAUUUAUUCUAAUAGGCAAUUUCGUCCAUGACGCGGCGAUUGGAGCUGGAAAUUGUGGAAGCAUUGAAUAUAAAGAAUUCUUCGACAGCCUUGCCUCAGUGUUGACGCAAUUUCCGAAUCUCUUGCGAAAAUCUACUUUUGUCUUUGUUCCCGGAGAAAAUGACCCGUGGGCUUCUUCGUUCUCUCCUGGAGCUACCGCAUGCGUACCCAGACCCAUAGUUCCUGAGCUGUUUAGAUCUCGAGUCCGUCGGGUCUUUCAAACAGCUUAUAGUCAGGACCAUUCCGUCUCCUCCCGGCAGAUAGAUGAAUCGGCUGUCUGGACUUCUAAUCCUACGAAGCUGACUGUUGACGAACCAAGUGUUUCCGAAAUGGUCAUAUUCAGAGACGACAUUUCUGGCAGGCUACGGCGGAAUGCAGUUAUUCUGAAGGAUGAUAAGGCAAAGAAAUCAUCUAGUGGUCAGGGAGAUGCCGGAGCCUUUAGCCAGGCUACCACGGUUACAGACCUCGAAGAGGACAGCCCUAUGGAAUCAAAUGAGGACCAGCAAGACGAAGUAGACGCAAGUUUAGUUGCGGCUCGACGACUAGUCAAAUCAAUCCUUGAUCAAGGAUAUCUCAGCCCGUUUUCUCCCGCCGUACGCCCAAUUCUUUGGGACUAUGCGUCUGCACUCCAUUUAUAUCCUCUCCCUACCGCUCUCGUCAUGGCAGAUCCGGAGGCAGAUCCAUUCACUGUCACUUAUGAGGGGUGCCAUGCCAUGAACCCCGGUCGUUUCGUUGUUGAGGGUAGUAAUGACGUCGCAAGAUGGAUAGAAUUUAACAUGACCACGAAAAAGGGGUCUAUAAAGGAAGAAGUUCUCUAG